CGCAUGUGAUUGUUCGCCAUCAUCUUCCCAUUCUACUGCAAGCUUCGCUUCUGCAUUUUACAUCAAAUUCACAACAUGGCUUCUCUUACUUCUCGUGCAUGCCUGAGGCAAUUGCCAAAUCAUGUCCAAUCGAUCAGCAGACGAUCAUUCAGUGCCACCUUUCGUCCCAAUGCCGACGUCAAGAAGCUCGGUGUUAUUGGUGCUGGUCAGAUGGGUCUAGGAAUCGCUUUGGUCGCUGCCUUGAGAGCCCAAGUCCCUGUCACAUUGGUCGACAACUCACAAGCUUCCAUCGACAAGGGUCUCAAAUUUGCCGACAAGCUACUGGCCAAGGAUGUUUCCAAGCAAAGAAUCACUCAGGACGAGGCAGAUGCUGCUAGACAACGUUUGACUCCGGCCACCGACAUGGGUGCUUUGUCAGAUGUCGAUAUGGUUAUCGAAGCCGUGCCUGAGAUCAUUACUCUCAAGACUUCCAUCUUCUCUCAAUUGGCCAAAUUGGCCCCUUCACAUGCUAUUCUGGCCACAAAUACUUCCUCUAUCAGCAUAACCAAAAUUGCCGCUGCUACCACGACAGAUCCAACCGAUCUAUCUGCUGCCUCGAGAGUGGUUUCGACACAUUUUAUGAAUCCAGUACCUAUUCAGAAGGGUGUCGAGAUCAUCACCGGCCUGCAAACUUCUCCUGAAACCCUCACCACAGCUGUCGAAUUUUGCAAACGUAUGGGCAAGAUCGCUUCCGUCAGUCAAGAUAGUCCCGGAUUUCUUGCCAACCGUAUCCUCAUGCCUUACAUCAACGAGGCUGUCAUCUGUUUAGAGACUGGUGUCGGAUCGAAAGAGGACAUUGAUGCAAUCAUGAAGAACGGUACAAAUGUACCUAUGGGUCCCUUGCAGCUCGCAGACUUCAUCGGUCUCGAUACUUGUCUAUCCAUCAUGCGCGUCUUGCAUGAGGAGCUUGGUGACUCAAAAUACAGACCUUCCGUGCUGUUGACGAAGAUGGUUGAUGCUGGCUGGCUAGGCAAGAAGUCUGGAAAAGGCUUCUACGAUUACUGAGCCAUCAGAGUCUCUUGGUUCUGUGUGGACUAAGUAAAUCCAAAAUUUGGUGAAGUUGGGUAGGUCAUUCGAGCUCAGUUGGCCACUUCCUAGCACAAUCAUCUCUUCAAUGGAUAAAAUUGACCCAUUGCAAUAUUGACUAUUCGCGCUGUUACAGUGACGACUGACCUUGCAUUGUUUUCGGAAUUUUUGUGACGAA